AUGGCGUGGCGAGAACCUCACGACCUUUUCGGUACGACUCCGUGCGACCGGAUGAUGAUGGAGGAAGUGUUGGAGCUGUUAUCGACUGGAAGCCCCACGAGUGACUACGAACUCUUUUCUUCCGAUGCUUGUCACAAUUGCGAUCGCAUUCAGAAUGGUCGAGAGAUGCUGGAGAAGUGUCUUGUGGCUAGUCCGGAAGCUACGAUGGGAUCACAAAGUGAUGCGUUAGUGCAAGAAGUAAAGUGUGAUGAAGAAAUGUACGUGGAAAAUCACGAGCAGGAACCAAGUCCGUCACCUGAUGAAGCGCGAGCAACUCGACAUGUCAUACAAGGCACCGACUCACAGUCGUGCAAUGGCGACUUGCACUUGAUAGAAGUUGCACCUGUCCCGGUCUCGCCUCCGAACAUGCCACGUGCUGGUCUCAACCCAAUCGGGAUACGCGAUUCCAGCACGGUCGCCACGAUCCCGAUCUCACCUCCAGCUUCAGUACUUCAGCAGAAUUUGAGGGAUUCACCACUGUCAGGUCAAAGGUCGUGUCCAUCCGACCACCAUAACCUGGACAAGAACACCGUGUCAAAUGGUCAACACAUUUUCGUCAUGGACGCGACCGAGUUUGACGAACUUCGACGCAAGAUGCAGAUGCAGACAGCAUCCCGUCGGUAUCGUAAGCGCAAAAAGGAGAGAGGUCGGCACCAAACGGUGCAACUUCAGAGACUUCAAGUAGAGCUGUCGCGUCUACAAGAUCGGGAAACACAGAUGAAGAAGUACCGGCAGCGCUCUAUUGAGUCGCUACAGCAAGAGCUAGCGAUGCAUCAAGAUGAAGCCGCUACUCUCUCUUGCAAAUUGAAGGAUGCUGCUAGAGACGAGACCGAUUGGAUCACCACGACAAGCAAAUAUCUCCGUACGUGA